AUGGAGAAAGGCCUCACGCUUAGUCGAAGUGGACCGGAUGCAAGCCAACCAUAUCGUGAGCUACUGGGAUCACUGAUGUACAUAAUGCUAAGUGUGCGACCGGAAAUUUGUUAUCCUGUCGGAUAUUUGGGGCGUUUCCAGCAACAACCGACCACUGAACAUUGGCAAGCCCUGAAACGAAUUGUUCGAUACUUGCAAGGCACGAUCAAAAUUCAGCUGAAUUUCAAGCGAGACCCAACAAGUAAACUUUUGGUUGGAUACAUUGAUGCCGAUUGGACGUCCGAUACAGAAGAUCGGAAAUCAGUGAGUGGCUAUCUGUUUAAAGUAUUUGGAUGCUCGGUAAUCUGGUGCAGCAAGAAGCAGACCAUUGGCUGUUGCAACUUCGUCUAG